GUUCCCGUACACCUGCCAGCUGCCACCGUCAUCCUUUGCAAUCACUGCACAUCCCACAUAUAGAAGCCACCAUGGACAAGUCAGACCUGGAGACCUACCAAGUGCAGCUCUCGCAAGUUGAACUCGCCCUCUCCGCCGAUCCCGAGAACAACGAGCUUAUCUCCCUGCGCUCAGAGCUGAAGGAGCUCAUCGAGCUGACACAGGCCGCGAUCGCACAGGCCGAGGCCGCCGCGUCCUCUAAAGCGGAGUCGUCGAAGAAGAGCGCGGCCGCGACCGCGUCUUCGUCCAAAGUCUGGUCCGCUGGGGACGACUGCCUCGCGAAGUACUCCGGGGACGGGCAGUGGUACCAGGCGCGGAUCGCGUCCGUGGGCGGGUCGGCGGACAACCGCGUGUUCAGCAUCGUGUUCAAGGGGUACAACAACACGGAGCUCGUGAACGCGGCGCAGAUCAAGGCGCUGCCCGCGAACUACCAGGGCCCGACGCCCGCCGCGGCGAACAAGCGCAAGCUGUCGAAGGCGGAGGAGGAGGACCGCGAGAAGAAGAAGAAGAAGAACGAGAAGAAGCUGGAGGUCAAGGCGGCGAAAGCGAAGGAGCAGCAGGAGAAGCAGCACUCGUGGCAGAAGUUUGCGAAGAAGUCGGAGAAGAAGGGCAUCCACAUAGCGGGGGUGGCGGGGUCGAGUAUCUUCAAGACACCAGAGAACCCGCUAGGGAGAGUCGGUGUUACAGGAAGUGGCAAGGGCAUGACUGGGGUGGCUCCUCGAACGAAACACAAGUUCGAGGUCACCGACGAACCCAAUGCUUGAAUGAUCUCUACUCCAUGUAUCGUAUUUGCCGUUCUGUCAUAUGCAUUAGUAUAACCUUGAUAACCC